AUGGCCGCCGAGAGUGAGUUCUUUAUGCCCGAUGAAGGCCUGGUUCAUGAGAGAACGAUCAUGGCCUGGCCGGGGAACAACAACCCCAACUAUCAGGAGGCUGAAAGCUUGGAGCGCAUGAAGGUUGAGCUGUCCGCCAUCGCCAAGGCCGUCUGCGACUUUGAGCCGGUGACCAUGGUGGUUAGUUGCGAGCAGGUCUCUGACGCGCGGCGCAGACUCGAAGGUUGUGGCAAGUAUGGCGUUGAUAUCAAGGCGAUAGGAGCAAAUGACCUGGAGCCCUGGAUGCGUGAUGUGGCACCGACGUUCGUGUUCAGCCAGGGGUCUGACUCCUCUCUCCAUGGGGCCGAUUUCAACUUCAAUGGCUGGGGAGAACGGUAUCUAUCAGCUAGCAAUGCACAAUUGGCCGGUCAUAUCCUCAACGAUAGCUAUAUUCCUCGCGUGGAGACCUCGAUCGUUGUCGAAGGGGGGUCUCUGGAAAUUGAUGGUGAAGGAACUCUGUUGGCGACGGAGAGCUCAAUCCUCAACCCAAACCGGAACCCGGACUUGACGCGCGAGGCUAUCGAGGAGGAGCUUCAUCGGGUCUUGGGCAUCGACAAAGUGAUCUGGGUACCGGGCGUGAAGAAUGAGGAUGUGACUGAUGCUCAUAUCGAUGCCCUAGUCCGCUUCACCGCGCCCGGAAAAAUCGUGUUGAGUCGUCCCAGUCCGGACGAUGAAGUGUGGACCGCGGUUUACAAUGAUACCAAGCGUAUAUUGUCCAAGGCUAUUGAUGCUAAAGGACGUGCCUUCGAGAUUACUGAGCUGCCCGAGGCGGAUGCCAAUGAUAUCGACUCACCUGAAACAGACAUGGUAUUGAGCUAUGUCAACUACUUUCUUUUGAAUGGGGGGGUCAUCGCUCCACGAUUUGGAAGCCAUAAAUCCGACACAAAGGCGAAGGAGAUCCUCCAGAACCUAUUCCCUGACCGAGAGGUUGUCCAGGUCUAUCUCAAUGAGAUCGCAGUCAAUGGAGGCGGGAUUCACUGUAUGACACAGCAGAUCCCUGCAUCAAAACCAUAA